AUGGUGGUAGAAUGGAUGGUAGAUUACUGCGGGGUUCAGAUCAACUGGGGAACUGGGCAAAGGAUGGCAUAUAAAUUUAACUUGGUCAUCUGCAUGCUGGUGGAACCAGGGCAGGGCUUGCACACCGGAUUCUUCCUCUUGUCUCAGCUACAACUGGGCACGGCUUACAGACUCUUCUGUUACUUCACCAACUGGGCUCAACAUCGAGCGACCAUCGGCAGGUUUGUCCCGGAGAACAUCCCGCCUUGUCUCUGCACCCACCUGAUCUACGCCUUCGCCAUCAUCGACAACACCUACAAGAUCUCCAUCAAGGAACCCAACGACGAGGAACUCUACAUCUCGUUCAAUGGUCUCAAGAAAAAGAAUCCAAACUUGAGGACGCUCCUGGCUAUUGGAGGAUUUAAUCCUGAAAGGUUGAUCAGCACCGCGGCCAGCAAGGAAAACCGUGCCACCUUCAUCAACUCCGCCACGAGAUUCCUCAGGAAGCACGACUUUGACGGCUUGGACCUCGUCUGGGAAUAUCCCGGCUCCAAAGAAAAUUCCUUUGAAGAUAAAAAACGGUACACACUUCUACUAAAGGUGGGUAGAAAUAUGUUCUAUUUCUCCCUUUCCCUUCUCGUGGCAAAGAUCCGGUCGUGUCAUGGAUCCCGGGGCCAACGUCACGGCCAAUGGCCUCAAUUAUUAGGACAUCUUUCACUGGAACCAACAAAUAUAUCAAACACAAUGUCGUGCACAAGCCCGGCACCCAACACACACACGCACACGCAUGAACUGAGACAAGCCAUGCAAGAGGAAACAAAACUAAGCGGGAAACGGAGGCUACUAUUUUCAGCCGCUUUCCCCGCGAGUAAAGAUAAAUUUGAUGUUGGCUUCGAGAUGAUUAAAGUUGGACACUGCGGUUAUUUCCACAGAUACGUGGACUUUCUCAACGUGAUGGCGUACGAUUUCCACGGUGCGUGGAACGCGUUCACUGGUCACCGGAGUUUGCCCACGCAGCUCGAGUCAUCUUUCUUUAACAUGGUGCGUGUGUGUCCACUGCCCAACGCCGCAUUCGACGCAGCGGCUAAAUUCUGGCGAGACAACGGGUUACCGUCGCACAAGAUGAUCAUUGGAUUCCCAACGUACGGACGCACGUUCUCGCUCAAAUCAACCAAUCAGAGCCUGGGGAUCCCUAUUGCCGGUCCCGGGCCACCAGGCAACAGCUCGAGAGACCCGGGAUACUGGGCGUACUAUGAGAUCUGUGACUUUUUGAAAGAGGUUAAAAUGGAAGCGGUGAAAGAGCACAAAUCAGCCAAGCCGCCCAAGGAGAAGAUCUGGCUCGGAUACGAUGACAUCGACAGCUAUGAAAUCAAAGUGCAAUGGAUAAAAAGCAACAAUUUUGGAGGGGCUUUUGUGUGGACAGUAGACCUCGACGAUCUAAACAACCAUUGCAAGCAGGGAGUGUUGCCCCUGACAAACCGGCUACGCAAGCUGCUCGAGAUUAAUCCAGGUGAAGCAUUUAUCAUCAUCUCAGAUCAAAGGCUAACCGUGGUGGAGGGUCGGGUGGUGAUUUGUUUUUUUAAUGUACUUACCAAACCCGUGUUUAUAAGAUACUAGACCAGAUGCUGUCCCCCAACGCAAUAUUCCACCACUCACCCAUAGCCCCCAACUCCCUCUGUGACGCGAGUCACGGCAACCCUCCCCCAACUGCGCCGGCGUGGCUGGCAAGUGGGAGCACAACUGCGACGU